UCCGUCCCCAACCUCCCCAUGUCCCCAACACCCCAUCCUCACUGUCCCCAAUAUCCCCAGUCCCCAACCUCCCCAUGUCCCCAUGUCCCCCACUGCCACUGUCCCCACUGUCCCCCACCUUCCCGGUGUCCCCAGUGUCCCCACCGUCCUGUCCCCAACCUUCCCACUCUCCCCAAUACCCCCAUCCUCACUGUCCCCAACCUCCCCAGUGUCCCCAGUGUCCCCACCGUCCUGUCCCCAACCCUUCCCACUCUCCCCAAUACCCCAUCCCCACUGUCCCCCACCUCCCCGGUGUCCCCAGUGUCCCCAAGAUGCCAUUCCCUCCCUCCCCAACCUCCCCAUGUCCCCAACACCCCAUCCUCACUGUCCCCAAUAUCCCCAGUCCCCAACCUCCCCAUGUCCCCAUGUCCCCCACUGCCACCGUCCCCACUGUCCCCAACCUCCCCAGUGUCCCCAGUGUCCCCACCGUCCUGUCCCCAACCUUCCCACUCUCCCCAAUACCCCAUCCCCACUGUCCCCCACCUCCCCGGUGUCCCCAGUGUCCCCAAGAUGCCAUUCCCUCCGUCCCCAACCUCCCCAUGUCCCCAACACCCCAUCGUCACUGUCCCCAAUAUCCCCGGUCCCCAACCUCCCCAUGUCCCCACAUCCCCAACCUCCCCAGUGUCCCCAGUGUCCCCACCAUCCU